GAAUGAAGAGAAGUAAUAAACAUUGGCUGUCGCGCACACUCACGCGAAAGAUUGUGUCAAAAAAGCAACAUUACAUUGUUGCCAGAGUUUCUGCCGUCGAAUAGUGCAGGAACAGCCGCCGUCGCUCUUGAAAUGCGUGGACAGUGUUUCCACUAAUAUCACUGAAGAAAAAAAAAUAAAACAAGACGAAAUUGUGAAGCGCAGGGGUGGAACCGUGUUGGUGAACAUUCAGGUUGCUUGCCAAAAGGCAGUGUAUGCGGACAAUGAAUAACGGAGGCAGAGAAGGAGAUACCGAGACCUUCUGCUAGAAACUUGCACUAAUACAGUGCAAAUAGAUUCAAUCGAGCGAGAUCGAGAUCUCAGACUUAACAUACUUUCUAAAUAUAAUUGACUCGACGUAGGAAUCGAACGGACGGAUUAUUUUUGCGUUCCCGAAGUGAAUGUGGAGUGAAGUUUUUUUAUGCCUCUAUUCCCGGUGGAUGUGUGAAUUAACGGCGCAGGGUUGUCCUGCAGUGAAGCUAAUCUCAGUAUGAGGUUACAAGUGAAUCUAGUUGGAUAACGGAUAACGGAUGUUGACCAAGUAAUGAAAGUGUAUCGAUCCUUCACUUUUGGAAAGUUUUUCACCGAAAAGUAGCAAAAAGGGAAAAUUCUUCACUUUUUCUUCCCCGUCUAAGAAAAUUUUGUUACCAAGAAAAGGAAGGGUUCUCACUCUUGGAAACCAGUGCUUUAGGUGAAGAGAAGCAAAAGAAAAGAGGCAGAGAGAGAGGUGUCAAUCUCGAAUAGAAAUUGGUAAAUGUGCAACAGUGUAUGUGUUUGUUCAAAUGUACGCGAAUCUUAGUGUUGGUGUAUGAAAUGAUUCGAAGCAGGGAGCAGCUAAGAGCAAUUUUACCCACACAGUAAAUAACCAAAGUAAAGUGGCAGCAAAUAGCAGUGUAGAAAUUGUUUUUACUCUCUAGUGAAAAUGUUAAACAUAACACAACCAUGACGCACCAGAAUCACCAAACUAACGGCGCAAGUUUGGAAGAUUGCCACACCAACUUUUUCGCCCUGACCGAUUUGUGCGGUAUCAAAUGGCGUAAGUUGGUACAGGGUGAACGGCCGAACGCGUCCAGCUACCCGCUGGACGAUCCGGUUCUCCGAUCCUACUCGAAAUGCCUCGAGGUGGACAUUUUGUGCGUCUGGCGGAGGGUGGCUGCCCCGAAACCCGCCGAACAGGACCAGAAUGUGUUCGAGAUCAGCAUACCUGGUCCGGUGACGGGCGGGUCGGUCAUCCAUCCGCCCCUGUCGCUGACGGCCGCCAAAGAGCUGUGGAUAUUCUGGUACGGCGAGGAGCCGGACCUAACGGAACUGGUCGAUCCGGAGCUGCUCAAGUCUUCCGAAGGCGACAAAGGAUCCUGGGAGGCUGGUCUAUCUUACGAAUGUCGGUCUUUGCUGUUCAAGGCACUUCAUAAUGUUAUUGAAAGAUGUCUACUCUCGCGGGACGUCGUUCGCUUGGGCAGGUGGUUCGUCCAGCCCAGCUCCAACAGCGAGCGAGUGUUUGGCAAAAGCUCUCUCCAUUUAUCAUUCUCCUUCGCGUUCUUCGUGCAUGGUGAUAGUACUGUAUGCGCAUCGAUGGACAUCCGGGAACACCCUCCGGUGCGACCUCUCAUGAUCAAACACCUGGAGGAAGCCCAAGCCCAGCAGGGUAACAAUGGGGCGUCUAACAAUUCCACCGCCUCCCCCACCAGCAACAACAACAACAUCAACGGGAGCAAUCAAACCAGCGGUUCCGGUGACGUCAAGCCACGGUCAGUUAUACUGGCGCCAUUCGGUCUCGCCGCGACCCUCACCGGCCAGAGUUACAAGGCCAGCGAUCCUCAGACCCAGAAGGUGCUCGAUGACUGGAGCGCAUUCUACCCGAUCUCGAACAAGAACAUCAACCUCUCGGAAAGUGCCGACACGGUACCACCCAUUGUGGAAAUUAUGACCGGCGGUGUCAAGAUGCGAUAUCCGUCCAAGUAUGUGCUGGUGACCGAUAUCGAUGACUGGUCACCACCGUCCAGCAACGGUUCCACCGGAUCGAGCCAAACGACGGUGUCGAAAACUGCCACCGUUCAAACCACAGCUUCUCUCACGGCAGCCGUGUCCAGUGCGCUGGGUGCACCUAAUAGUGAUCUAACCUCUAACAAUAGCAAACGACAACCCAUCUCUGACCCGAGUAGCAGCAAGCCGAUUAUGAACCCACCGCUCACUGUGCCGGAAUCUCCGCCGAACGAUCUCGGCAACCAGAAUAGCAUGUCAUCGGCGAUCAUCAACAGCUCACCGGCCAUCCUGCUACCGGAACGAGUCUGGCAGGACUGCAUUAUGCACGCAGCCCCCACAAUCCCCCCGCCUCAACAGUCCCCUCUGAGCGAGGGGGCUGGCGGGGGCGGUGUGACCAUCAAAACGGAACCCUCCUCGAAUGCAUCCUCAACGCCGACGUCCUCGUCGGGUUCGUCGUCCGGCAGCAGUAGCAAUAAUGAGAACAGUUCGUCGAUGGCGGUGGCUGCGGCUGCCGCCCUGGUCGACGCCAAUGCGAACUCCGUGUGGGAGAUUACCGAUCCCAACGUUAAGGUGCCGUGUUCGUGCAUCAAGUGUAGAAAGUCGUCCGCCACCGGAACGGCAGCGAGCUGUUCUUCCGGGGCCCGGAGCAACCACGCGCUGCAGUCCACCCUGAUCGGGUCGGUACCCGGGCGAGAUCCGUCCACCGGUGGCUGUCCGCAGUCUUCGUCCUCGUCGUCAUCCGGCAAGACCAGUUCCAGCAAGCAGCCCCGACCGCACCGGAUACCGUUCCACAAGCGACCACCCCUUUCGCAACAGUUUCCUUUCGGCCGGUCAUCGGGUGCGGCCACGGCAGUAGCCUCCGGAACGACGCCGUUCGUACCGUCGUCCUCGUCUUCGUCGUCGGGAGUUUCUCCACCCGGCGACAGUCCCGAAUAUCUCGAGUCGGCCCAAAGGUCAAACCAAAAUUGUGGAGCUGGUGGCAGUACACCAUACGGUGGUCCCCCGUCCUAUGGCCGAAAUCCGUUAUCGAUAGGCGAAUCACAUCCGUUGCCUUCGGAAGGAUCUCCGGCUAGUGCGGCCCCUUCACCGAUGCAGCCAUCUUCGGUGUCGCAGCCGAUGUCCGUUCCAUCCGGUGAUCAGCUAAUAUCCAUGUCCCCGCAUCCAUCAUCAAACAACCCACGAAGUGUACAACCAGGAACACCCUCCUGUUUGGAUCACCUGGACAAAAACACUCCAGCACCGACGCCAACUGACCAACACGAUAGUAAAAGUAUUACCGCUUCACCGUAUCAUACGCCUUCGCACACGGGCGGCGUGUUAAGCGUGGAGCCACCCUCUUCCCAACAACCUCAGCAAGGCCAGGGGCAGCAACAACAGCAACAGCAACAACAACAACAGCAACAAAAAGAGCAACUGCAGCAAUCACAACAAUCAUCACAGCAAUUAAUAGGAAACAAUCUGAGCAGCACCAGCAGCAGCAGUAGUGGAGGAACAACCAACAGCAGUCCCGGGAACCUUACAAGCGGAGGCAACGGGAUGCUUAAAUCCGAAAAUCUUUUCGGAGAUAACGGAAGCUCAUUGCUUGGUUCCAGUCCCAGUGUAUAUAGUAGUUUAAAUCCAAUUGUCAACCAAAACCAGGUCUCCAAACGGGAGACCAUGCUCCAGAUCCUGCAGUCGCUCAAGAGGCCUUCGCUUUCGUCUAGGGACUACGAAGGUUUGGUAGGAGAGGACAGUCCCAGUACGUCCCAGACUUUGUACGACUAUUCCGCAAUCGACGCUUGGAUGAAUCAUCCAGUGAAGCGCUUCCGACCAAACGAAGAAUCCAAAUUGUCCCAGCAAAUGCGAGGUAUGGAUCUGUAUGCGGAUCAGAAACACUCGGAAAAGUAUUUGCAGUCCUUACAAAACCCAGUCUCUGAUGGAGCCAUAAACCCCACCAGACAAGAUCAACAAGAUCCCUUAGCAUUGCCGGAAGAUUCGGAUCCUUCAACGGGCCUGCUGAACGAAAGCCAAAUCAAAACAGAAAUCGGUUGCGAACGAAGAGACGAAGAUGGUCCUAUGCUUGGAGCGCAUGAGAUCAAAAAAGAGAAAGAGGACAAGGACGACUUGUUCACAGAACAAGGCCUUCAGCCUGGUUUAGACGAUCUGGACCAACUGUUUGACGACAGCGCGAACUACCAUGACGACUCGGAUAUGCACGCAAACACAAGUCCUGCAUCAACAAAAAGUGGUGGCGGAUGCAUGGAAGACAUGAAAAGAUUUCCUGGAUCGGGUCACACAAUUAACGCAGGUAUUCUCAGUCCGAAGGAACUGUCGCAAAUGUUUCCAACUCCACCCAGUUUAGAACACCAUCCAAACUCCAGUCCUGGCGGAGGAGGCUGCAUGUCCGACGGUAUCAUGAUAGACACAAUGAUUGAGGCGCCUUCCGUUAUACCCGUGCUUGGUAGCCCUCAAGAAGAACCCAUCUAUGAUUGGUCGUACGUUUUCCUUCCCCCACCCAUCUGCAAGUACGUGGGUUCUUCCAAGUAUGCUCCACUUCCACAACUUCCAAGUCAAAUGAUGCAACCACCGGUCCCCCAGGCUCCAACAUACAAAUCAAGCUCCCAGCUUCGGAAAGAAAAACAAGAACGCGACAAACUUCUCAAGCUGCGUGAAAUUCAGGAACAGCAAGAUGCCCUCCAGCAUCAACAGGCUCAGAUGGAAAACAUUCCGCCAAACGCCGGUGCAGCCGGCAACCUCAUCCCUAAGCAGGAAAUCCAACUAACCGUACCACAACCGCUCAGCACACCAAAUUCUCUAAACUUAAACGGCCCCAGCCAUCCGUACUCGAACCCACCUUCACAGGGACCACAGCCUCUAUCGAGACCACCAUCGGUCAAUUCCCUCCCGGGAGGAAUGAUCGGUUCCGGCGGUAACAUGAUGAGUCCAUCGCCAAUUCAUAACGGACUAAUGAACAAUAACCUAUUCCAUCCGGGCAUGGGUAUGAACGUUCCACUUCGGCAAGGAAUGUCUCCGAUCUCUCCGGCUACCCCUGGAGGUACCACGCCGGUAAGUAACUCGAUGCGAGUGCCCACUCCUCAAGGUUCCUGCCCUCUUCCGUACCCGUCGCCCAUCGGUGCUAGCGGGGGUUCCAUGCCCAUCAACAAUAUUGGAAGUCCUUUCCGGCGCACACCAAUUCUUCCACCUCCGCCGUACGACGUUGCCGUGGCUUCUCCAGCUACCUCUACCACCUCAUCGUACAACAAUAAACAAUUCGGUAUGGACGACGGACCGGCAACACCGUUGGUCGUCGGCAAUAACGCUCCUUCUAAUCGAAUAGCAAUCGAAACCAGCGCUCUCCUGGUAAAUGUGCUCCUGUACGACACCUCGCUCAAUAUCUUUCGGGAUCACAACUUCAACAGUUGCACGCUGUGCGUUUGCAAUGCAGGCCAUAAGUGUGUCGGAAACAUCCGGGGAGCCGAUUCCGGACCGUAUCUUGCGCUUCCAGGAACGAGCUUCCUUGGCAGCGGAAAGGGGAGCGGUGCGGCUAGCGGUAGUAGUAGCGAACGGGAAGCUGCUAAAUCGACACCCUCAUCAAUAACGCAGUUCAACGGGAACAAUCAUAACAACAACGGUGCCUUUGGUAUGGCGGAUUCACCGGCCGGUGGUGUCGGUGGAGGCAAUUCCUCGAGUGUGGUCGCCAUCAAUACGAAUGAUUUGCAAAAUGGAUAUCUCGACGAGGAUCCAAUCAAAUGUACUUGCGGUUUCAGUGCUCUCGUGAACAGGAGACUUGCUCAUAGGGCAGGUCUGUUCUAUGAAGAUGAGCUGGAGAUUACCGGCAUGGCGGAAGAUCCAGCGGUGCAUAAAAAGAAGUCGCUGCUUCAGUUCUUGCUUGGCAAGAGUGACUACAACAGCAGCGGUAUCAACUGUGAUAUUUCUCCGCUGCCGCUUCGGAUCAUGGAUCUUUUGCGGCAGCACUGUGCAGUCAUUCAGAGUUCCAGCAACUCUAUCCAUCGAGCAGUAGCUCGAUUCCAAAGUGCAAUGACGGUCAAGAGCUUGGCCAACGCUACCGUACAUAUGCUGGAGUACACCGACGCCAAUGAUGUGAUAAGUUUGGCACUAGAACAAAGUCGAUUGCAGGCAAUUAACGAAAUAAAGAUGGAGGACAGCGCUCUGGUCAAAUCGGGAGGACUGCUUCGGGGAGUAAUGAAUGUACAUAAAUGGCCGUUCCUUAGAGCGGGAGGACCAAAGAGCAAUCAGGACAUAGUUCGAAUAAUGAAAUCUAUGCAACCUCUGCUGCAGGAUGCCUUCCAUAAAAAGAGCACAACUCGGUUAUGGGAUGCCCCGUACACGAUACAAGGACCACUUACCUGGCGUCAGUUCCACCGACUCGCCGGACGAGGCACCGGGCAGUGUGAACCUCAGCCCGUUCCUUCGUUGGUGGUUGGAUAUGAAAAGGACUGGCUAUCAUUAUCUCCGUAUGCCAUUCAUUAUUGGGACAAGCUACUUCUCGAACCGUACUCCUAUCCACGGGAUAUUGCCUACGUGGUGGUUCUUCCAGAUAAUGAUUUCGUCGUUUCCAAAGUCAAAACCUACUUCAAAGAACUCAGUACAACGUACGAAAUGUGCAAACUCGGCAGGCAUAAUCCCAUUAAGGGAUGGGACGGCAUCUUGCGUGUUGGCUCCAAUCGCGUACUCAAAGAAACACAAAAUUCCAGCAUGGAUGAAUGGUUCACCAGUUUGGGGGACACCCGGUUAAGCGAAAUGCUUCGGUUGUAUGCACAGACCUGCCAACAGCAACUGGCUCCGUACCUGUCAAAAGUUCCGUCGGAUAAGAGUUUACUCGAUCCACCGGAAAACCACAACAUCUCAGCAUCGGCUCACGCUUUGGCUCUGGCGCAAGCUAGUUCUACACCCAAUCGCGACGGACCCGGACAAAGUCCAAUGCCACCACCGCCGCCCAGUACGCCGGAUCCAUCGCAACCGGGAGAUAAGGCCCCCAGCACACCAAAGUCAGAUAACGAUCAAGACAACCGCGAAAACCUUAACACUUCGAGCACGAGUCCGGCCGAUCGGAUGGCGCACGAAGAUGAUGGGAAGGAACCGCCGCAUAUCGUGCUUUAUAUGGUGGAACCAUUCACUUGCGGAACGGACGCACCGGAAAUUGAACGACUUGCAUGUUUGUCGCUGCUGCGAUGCUAUUCCAACAUUCUCAGCACUGUUCCGGAUUCAAUCCGAAGCAAUAUCAGCGUUCAGCUCAUCUCGCUGGAGAGCAUAAUGGAACUGGGCCGAAGUCGUAACUGCCUCCGGUUGAGUGACCACAUGCGCAGCCAGGCGUUGAGCAUAUUUUCCCAGAGCCGUCGCUACAUGCAGCACCUGAACAACGUCAAGAGCCUAACUGGAUUCGGAACAGCCGCCAAUGCCGAACAGUUUAUGAAGAACAAGGACGAAAAGAACCGGGCAGCCUACAAGCUGUACACCCCACCGUACGUGUUGGCCAAGCUGUGCGAAAAGAAAGAAAGCUCGGAAUCAUUUGGACAAACCAGCAUCAAGCAGCAGUGCUCGGUCAUGUACUGUAACUACUGUUUGAGCGAGGAUCAGAGUUGGCUGCUGGCGGUGGCCACCGAUGAUCGGGGAGAGUUCCUCGAAACAACCACAAUCAAUAUCGACAUUCCGAAUCGCGUUCGACGGAAACGGGCUUCCGCAAGGCGAAUGGGCCUCCAGAAGCUGAUGGACUUUAUUUUGGGGCUAAUCUCACAAACAGUGCAACCCUGGCGAAUAGUUAUAGGCCGUAUCGGCCGGAUAGGACAUGGUGAACUGAAAGGCUGGAGUUGGCUUUUGGGCAAAGAAAACCUGCGAAAAGUCUCCAAAAAUUUGAAGGACAUUUGCGAGCAGUGUUCCCUGCUGCAUCCGGUUUCGGUGCCGAGCAUCUUGAGUGCCUGCUUGGUGACACUGGAACCGGAUUCGGAGUUGCGUGUGAUGCCGGAUCAGUUCACCCCGGAUGAACGGUUUAGUCAGUUGUCCAUGCAGUCCCCGCUGACGACACCGCAGGAUGUGACUUGCACGCAUAUCCUGGUGUUCCCGACUAGUGCGAGAACACAGUCUGCUCAAUCGGCAUUCGUGGCGGAACACAUCAAUGAUGAUAUGGAGCUGACCCUCGAAGGAAAUCUGGGCGAUUUGGGUCUCGGUGAAGACUGCGAUGAUGAGGGUAUAAACGGGUUGGACGAUCUGUUCAAUAACUGGGAGGAUAUAGCGAUGCCACAGCAGAUGCCGCAGGAUUCCCGACAAGGAAGUCCAGUUGGGCAAUUCGAAGGACAGCGACAGAGUCCAGGCUAUAGUGGCUCGAAUUGCGCACAGAAUCUCAAUGGCUAUGCGGCGCAGGAAGCGGAAGAUGUCGGUUCCUUAGCCCAACAGCCGAUGGCCAUCGGGUAUCUGGUGUCCACGGCCCCCACCGGCCGUAUGCCCCCAUGGUUCUGGUCGUCCUGUCCGCACCUGGAAAAUGUCUGCCCGGUGUUCCUGCGGAUAGCGCUGCAUCUCAACAGUUUCCAGAUCCUCCAGAACAACGACGAUCCGAUGAUGCAGUCGCAGUCAACCACCGAACACCCGCUGGACUCGAACAUGACGGCCGACGUGUUGCGCUUCGUGCUGGAAGGGUACAAUGUCCUUUCCUGGCUGGCCAUGGACUCGAACACGCACGACCGGUUGUCCUGUUUGCCGAUGCACGUGCAAGUGCUGAUGCAGCUGUACCACAUGAUGGCUGCGUUGGCCUAAACGAUGGAUGGUCCCAGUUCGAUUGGGGGAAUGGCAACUGAAUGGAACCCUCCUCAUUGCUCUGUCUGUGAUAUUAGGUAAAAGAUGAUGAUGGUCGAUGUGCGAAGAGAGAAAGCUUUCUUCUUCUGAGAUAAACAAAAACCGUGGAGCCAAGAUCUGGUUUUAUACAAGUUUAUAAGUUGUAUUAAUUUAUUGAUUUUAUAUUAUUUUUUCAUCAGUUCUUAUAGGAUGAACUACUCUGAUAUAAUAGAUAAAAAUGAAAGUGAGAUUGUUCGAGAUACUUUUGAACAGUAUUUUAAUUUUGUUUAUUUUUCAAUAGAGCUAGCAAAAAGCACAAAGCAAAUUAAGCAACCUAAAGAGAUUAAAUUUUGAAAUAUUAACCGAGCUAUUAGGGAUCAUUGCAAUCGUAAUCUUUCAAUUGUGUUUUGUAUACCCUUUAGUGUAAAUUUCUAUCACUUGUGCAUGUAAAUAUAGUAAAAAGUCAAUUUAAGGUGCGCGCAGAAAGAGAACUGUAGGAAAUAAAAGGAAGGGAAACAUUACUUCAAUUCGCCCGCAUCAAAACUAAAUAGGAGGUGGUGCUUUGCUCCAACAAACAUUAAAUGUUUUGAUAGUUAAAUUAUAUAUUAUCACUGAUGUUUGUUGAAGCUGAGCUUAUCCCUUUUAUACUUUGUGUUUACUUUCCUACGGUUUUUAGAUGAGUCUCUAGGGCAAGCUAGUUAAUUUAACAUUAAACUUAAGACAGAGUUAUUCACUUGCAGUAGAAUCAAGUAUAAAAUGCACAUUUGAAUUUAUAGAUUGAACUUGUAGGUUUACAGAGUUAAAAUUUGUAUAUGAAAGCGUAUCUCACCUUCUCCGAUUUGGGGAUUUUUUAAGGAAUUAACACCUAUGUACAUGUUGUAGAUAUUUUCUAAAUUUAGAAAAAAGAAACCCUAGCCAAUAAAAAAAUCUGAAUCAGACAUACAUUUAGUAUAGGUAAGGAUACUUUUUAGCUGUUAAGCAUAAGCCAUAAUAUGGCAAAAUCUAUGCAAAAAAGACCAAAACUAAGCUCAUGUAAAUAGUAGAUUUUAAGUGUGAUAUUAAAUUGAUUAAUGGCGUCUUUGAAAAGACCCAAUGAAGUAAAUAAAUAAAUAUUAGUUUGUAAGUAAGUCACAUUGCAGCUGCAAUCUAAUGAGAAGCAGAUCAUUAUCCUUUACUCAAAGUACUAAAGCAGCAGAAAUGCGUGAAGCAAAAAUCGAAAUCAAAACUAGCAUGAACUACACAGCCGAAAUCCAGUGUUUUGAACAAACUCAACUAGAGCAGAAUGUAAAGUAUUAAGUGAGCCGAGGAAACAAACAAAACCUAGGUUCGAUUGGAAGUGUAGAAAGGAAUAAUAGAAUGGAAUCAUCAACUUAUUUCUUAGGAAAGUGCAACAAAUGUUGAAAUUACAUAUUUAAUAUGAGAAAACACUAGACAAAGAGAGGAAACAGUAGUAAUUCUAACGUAAGUUUAGGCCAAAUUGUAUUGAAACAAAAGAAAAGAAACUAAAUUAAACAGAGAAACCAUAGUUCUAAACUGAGUAGUUAUAAAGAAAAUGUACAUUUAAGAAACACAAAACACCGAAAGAUAAAACACGUAGAAAAUGGAGAUAACAAUGAACUAGAAAACAAGAGACGGAAACAAACAGAAUAAAACAAAGCAUAUACAUUUAAGAAAUGGAACACUAAUACUUACACUAACACCUUGGAAGGGCGUGUCUCGUGAGUGUGCCUAAUUUCACCGAGUGUUAUUGACUUAUUUAAAAGGUAGACAACAAUGAAUGUACUAGUUGGAAUAUGUGAUGACGUGAGUGAAUGGGAAUCAUAUUCGAAACAAAUUUAAACUAUAUAUACAGAUGCAGCAGCUAGGUUGAGCAAGUUUGUAAAAAUGAGAAUUUUACGAUAACUAUUACAACACACAGACAAGAAACAACAAAUCAACCUAUUGACAGUAAAUUAAAAACAAAAACGAGAAUGAAAACUGUAUGCUGUAAAGAAAGGUAAAUUAAUUAUUGUACAAUUGAAUGAAUAAUUAUAUAAACUAUUAAUACUUGUAUAUGUUAAGGUUUCGUUUACAAAAAAAUCAUGAAAAUAAAUGGAACAUUAUUGAA